GUGGCCGGAGAAAGAUGGCGGCGACCUUGCUUAAUGCAUGUUAAUAACGUUAACCGCUAUAACAUUUAGAAUAUGAAAUUGAAUGUGCUAGUUUGAUAUUUCUAACAUCAUAAUUCAGGAUGUUUGCGGUGUUUAGAUGUUUGUUUUCAGGACUGACGAGCAGGACGCUAGAAGCGCCAGCUCUCCUGCAGCAUCAUCAUCAUCAUCAUUUUAAAGUGCUCUCAGCUGGGCUGAAGACUUAUGAUGUUCCUCCAGACUACAGUGAUGUGGUUUUACCGGAGAGGCCCAAACUCAAAUUCUUAAAUAAAGUCCCUAAUUUAAAAAAGGCCAAGAAGGAGAUGAAGAACCUCCGUGACAUCCAGGGUCCGGCUACUACUGCCAACGCGUUUCGAUUUGGACAGUAUGGCAUUGUGGCCCUGGGUGGAGGAUAUCUGCACUGGGGUCAUAUGGAGAUGAUGAGGCUGACUAUUAAUCGGCGUAUGGACUCGCGGACCACCUUUGCCCGUUGGCGGAUUAGCGCUCCAUACAAGCCCAUUACUCGUAAAGGCCUGGGUCAGAGGAUGGGAGGAGGAAAAGGUGCCAUCGACCACUACGUUACACCGGUAAAGUGCGGCCGGUUGAUAGUAGAGGUCGGAGGUCAUCUUGAGCUCGGGGAAGUGGAGUCUGUGCUUAAAGAAGUGGCAAAGAAGCUGCCCUUCCCAGCCAAGGUGGUGAGCAGAGAGAGUUUGGCAGCCAUGCAGCUGGAGCAAGCCGAGAGGGAGGCCAACAACCAGAACCCCUGGACCUUUGAGAGAAUAGCCAGGUCUAAUAUGCUGGGCAUCCGCAAAGUCCUCAGCCCGUCCGAUCUCCACAAUCGCGGCCGCUACACCGGGAAAUUCUUCAAUCCGGACAGAGUUUAAGCCUCAGAGGAAGAAUAGUGGACUGAAAACUACAUUGACACUUCCCUCAAGAAUUUGCAACAAAAAAAAAAACGUUGUGCGAGAGUGUAUAAGCAUCAUACAUUAGGGGUUAAUGAUCAUCGGAUAUCAGAAAUGUUCUAAAUCACUACUGCUCCUCAUUUGUAAAGACUCUUAAAAAAAAAAGGUUGUGUAGGUGUAUAAUUCAUCACAGACAUUACCGCUGGAUCUGAGGAAAGAGGGGAAAUUGUGGACCAACCAUCUUUCCACACUGUGUGUCUGUGUGUGUGUGUGUAAAAAGUUUCAGAAUGUUUUCUAUAUUAAAGCAUACUUACACUGA